UUUCCGGUUAUCGACUUCCGGGAACGGAGCGUAAAGUCUGUAUACGUCAAAUCAUGUCAUGAGCUGCAGAAAGUAUGCUUUACGAUGCGUAUGAUCGAAAAUGAUCGAUGCUGAUGAGCCGUUUAACAUAGUAACCAAAGUACAGUUGAGUGGAAUUUUGUUAAAAAAAUCUUUUUCUCCCCAUUCCAACAAAUGGAACAAAAGGUUUUUUAUGGUGAAAGAAGGAUUCCUGCUCUAUUACUCAGAAAAUGAAAAGAAAUCCUUUGACAAAAGAGGCUACUUCAACAUUCAUCCAAAGGGUGUAUUACCAAUUGGAGGAUGUAUAAUUCAACCAUCAUCUGACGUCGGCCAGGAGUAUAUCAUCAAAAUUGGUAGUGACAGCUUCAUAAAUGGCCCAGUAAUAUUGGCAGCAGAAACUCAGUUUGACCAAGAACGAUGGAUUCAAGGUUUGCAAGAGGCAGCUCGUAUAACAUGGGAGAAUUCACGAAUGGGAGAAUCCAUCAUUCGGGACUUAGAAUCUCAGGGCCUAAAACUGAACAAAGAAAAGCAGUCUUAUGUGGAGAAGUUACAUGAGGAGACAAUUGCAUUACAGGAUGAAAUAGAUAGAAAUGAGGAAUUAGAGAAAUUGAAUCUAAUCCUUGAUGAAGAAAAAUGCCGACUUCAGGAAACCAUUGCAGAAUUUAAAAAGGAGCACGAAGCUAUGAAGAGAGAAUAUGAAGAAACCAUAUCAGCAUUGCGAUUAGUACAGCAGGACAAAGAAGCUUUGGAACAAACCACAAGCGAUUUGAUGAAAAAUCUUGCUGAUUUAGAAGAAGAAAAACUGAGAAUCCAUGAGCAUCUGAACAGGAAAGACACAAAUUGUUAUGGAGAAGAGAAAGCAACGGAAAAGUUACAUGAAGAUUUACAAGAUAUUGAGGAAGAGACAAGAUGCCUGUUGGAGGAAAAGACUGAAAUUGAAAUAAGGUAUCAAGAAAAUGAAUUACGAGCAAAGUUAUUGGAGGAAGAAAAACAGCUAAUUUCAGAAGAAUCGUCAAAACUUCUAUCCUCACUGAAUGUAUGUUUCCAGCUGGACACUAUGUAUGUUAUUCAGGAUCUUAUAGAACGGGAUCUGCUAACACAAAAGGAUCUUCCAGAGUCAGAUUUGUUGUUAGAAAUGUCUGCUCGUAUAGAUGCUGAAAAACAGUUAAAACUUGCUCAAGAUUCUGUUUACAAGCUUGAAGGAGCUCUUGAGACAGAAAUUAACCCUUUAGAGUUGCGCACAAAAAUUUUGCCUGAUGUGAAAAAGUUGCGACAAUUUUUUGAACAUGUUGCUGAGGAAGCAAAGAUAGAUGCAAACAUGCCAGUCAUAAUGAAGAACGCUGUUUAUGCUCGUAAGAAAUUAGCUAAGAAAGCAAGAUCACAGGUGAUAGAGCAGUCACGCCAGGAAAAAGCGAAAACUUUAGGGCUCAACUUUGAAGACUCUCCAUCUGCUGAUCAACCCCUCAGAAGAUCACUGUCAAUAAUGAUUUCUAAAAAUAGCUUAAAGCCACAGCUCACAAGAUCAAAAUCACUAAGAAUGAAUAAUGGCUAUUUCAGAAAUUCAACCAGCUCAGAUGGACAAGAAGAAGAUUCUUUAUCAAGGCCCAAAGCAGAUGGUAGCACUUAGACAUGAUAAAAGUGAUGAACUGUGUUGCAUUUUAUUUUCUCUUUUGUUGCUACUUCACCAGUAGAGAGAGAUAGAGAGAGAGAGAGAGAGAGAGAGAGAGAGAGAGAGAGAGAGAGAGAGAGUGCAAUUGUGUAAAUAUAGCUACAAAGAUUUAUGAUGAAGAUCUGUUAUUUUUAUAUUUGUGGAUUCUGGAACUUUUUAUUUUAGUUUGUUAUUCCAUGUCUUUGGUUGGUACUUAGUAGAUAUUAGGAAGAAUGUGAGGCAUGUUCAGACUAUAAAAAUAACAAAUUGCAGCUGGUGAAAUUGCAGUCCUAUAGUGAUUUGCUAACUUAAUGCCAUUUUUGACAUCUCAGUGUUGGGUAUCUUAUAAUGGUUCUAUUCUAAACUGUUAAGUAUACGAACGUAGUUUACCACAAGUUGAGGACACUGUUUCAUUCAUGCUUACCUUCUUGUUAUCUUUAUUACUGUCAGGCAAGUUCAAGCAUUUAGUGAAGGUAUGAAAUAUUAGUGAAUGGUUUCUCAUACCUUUACUCGCAACCAUCAUCAACAUAUUGAUGCACACUUUCUGUGUGGGUUCGACUGGAAGUAACUUCAUUGUUUCCUUUCUGUCCUAGAUCAAGCCACUCCACGUCUAGGAUUUAUAUUGGAUGCCCAUGUCUUUUAUAUUCUUUGGCAUUCAGCCCUUACCCAGUAUUUUCUUUUGUCUCUUCUUUUGUAGUUUCCAUAGUACAUUUCAUCAAAAAUAUUAAUGAUCCACAGUACAAAGGUUAAUACAUUCUACGUGCUUCUCUAUAACUAUGUGAGCAUUUUGCCUGAACACAAGUGCUCCACUAGAAGUAUUACCCUUUCACAUCAUAUUUAAAAGUUAAUUCUGCUGAUACAUUCCAUUAUGGCUGUGUUGUAGACUUUUCUUUGUGAGAAUUUAUUUAUCAGUUUUAUGAAAUAUUUUGUAAAGAUGUAUGUGCAUAGGCUUACAUGACCAAAGUCAGGUUUGAUAAAAUUCUUCUAUGUUGUUUAUUAUGUCAUUUUGUAAAGUAAAUCUACAUUUUGACAACUAUUGCAAGUGGCCUUUAAGUUGUCCUUACAUACUCCAAUGAAGGCCUCUUGCAGUUGUGAUUGAAAAAUUAAUUUUCCUUCCACUGUGAUAUGAUCUACAACCUGAAAGAAUAUGAUGCAAACUAUGUAUCUCAAGUUGAAAAGUGGGAACAUCAUAUAAAUGUAAGCCUGUUUCUGACAACAAUAAUUAAUUGUUCCUCAUAAAAUAACUUUCAUCUGUACCAUUAUAUUGCAGCCAUGUUUCAUGGGUCUUUUGUUGCCAUCAAAUUAUUGUAAAACAUUCUUUUCCAUGUGAAUCUGUAUGUAAAUGUGAUAACUCAUUUAUUUCAUGACAAAAAUGUUUUAAACAAUGCUAAAACAAUAUUUUUAAGAAAUUAAGAAUUUGGGAGAUUAUAUACUUUGCAUUUCCAUAAAAAGAUAAAUGUAAAGAGUUUUAGAAUACUCCAGUAUUGAUCAUCUGAAAUUAUAAUAUUAAAAAGACAGUUUAUAUAAAACAGCCUGUGAUAUAAGUGUGUGUCUUUAGAUCCAUAAUUGAAUUAUGAAAUGUUUAAUCUUUGUGAAUGAUGUAGAGCAGCUAUUUUUGUAGUUGUUAAUAUUUUUUAUGUUUAAAUAUGUUACAUGUGCUUUAAAUGGUUCUGAGAGGUUAUAUGAUGAAUGAAGCUAUCAUCCUUUGGGCAUCUAAAGUUUUGAAUAUUUAUGUGAAUGCAGGAUUAUGAAAAGAAUCAAAUUGUAUCUGAGAGGUAUGUAACAAUUUAAUGCCACAGGAAAUAUAUUGAAAUUUAUAGAAAUGACAUGAUGGAUAAUAAUAUUGUAAAGUACUGAUAUUUCCAACAAGACUGAAAAAAAAUUAUUUGUUUCUACAUUCCAGUCAAAAAUAUCAGGAAAAAAUUAACCCUCUAAGUUGUAGUAUUCAUGACUUGUGCAUUCAGUUGACUUUACUUUUGUAUGCAGACACAAACUUCUAAAACACUGCAAUAAUAAUCCUAAUGUUGUUAUAUUAACUAGAUGCAGAGAAAAAUUGUUACUGUGGUUUCCUGACACUUCACUUCAUUGCUGGAACAAAGUUGUGAGCAGCAUACAGUGCCUGGCAGCCAUGUGAGCUAUUUGUGGAGGAGUGAUUUUGUUGCAGUAGUUUAUGAGCUUAUAAUUAACACAGUCUUUAUAAAUAAAAAAUAAAAUGUUACAAGGACCUACUUAUGUUACUUUGAGAGCUUGUUGAAAAGAGAGGAAAUUAAGAAAAAACUGUUGCGAGGUGACAGAGGAAAGGAUAAAUUGCUCAGGAUAUCUAUCAAGAGGCACAUAAUACACUCAAAGAGGGGAUAAUAUUGAUACAGGUUGCUAGUGAAAGAAAUUUGGAUGUCAAAGAUGGAAGGCAAAAAACAUUUAUGGAUAAAUAAUUGUGAUGAAAUUUUUAUUAUAUCGUUAUAAUUUGUUAGUCUGUACUUUACUUUCCAUUGUGAUGAAAAUAUGUAAUACAGUAUGUGAACUGAAGAUAAAUAUGUGUUGAGUAUGAUGAAAGAAUACAUGAAUGGAGAUAAAAUGUUUACACCUAACAUUCGAUUGUUACUUUUGUGCUAAAGCUAUUGACCAUAAUGUUUUGAAGCCUUUCUCAUAGUGCUGUGAUUCAAAACUACCGGUACGCUAGAAGAACAUAGCUGCGAUGCCCUAUCAUGAUUUAGUUUCUUAUUUGAACAUUCCUAUUUAGUACUAUUUUUCUGUUAUCUUCUCCAUGUAGUCAAAUGAAAACCUACAUUUACUACCUCUACAUCCUUAUUAUGGUUCCUAUCACCCACAUGUUGCGUUUCUCAUCACGCUUCUGUGUUUUUUUACUCUUCCCACUUUUCUUUGAAGAGGAGGUUAUAUCUUUAUACUAAUGGAGUGUUGCGUGGAGAAUUUGAAAUUUUCAGCUGUUUCCCACUCUGGUGGUGUUGAUUAGGGAAAUGGGAUCUAAGAUUUGCUAUUUUCUACUUAGCAAUAUUGUAAUUUAUCUCUAGACCCAUGUGAUAAGACAUGGAAUUGUUUUAACAUUCAUUUUGAUACAAUGAAUACAAAACAAAACAUAAAAACUGAGAUCAGAUCAACAAAUUUGCCACCACGGAGAUAAGUGCCCUUGUUUUUGGUUUUAGCUGUUUACUGUUUACGUAAGUUAACAAUUAGGCAGUACUUUUCAAAUUUUGUCACUGAUAUUUUGCCUCUGAUAAUUGUAGAACUCUAAGGAUCUUUCAAUGUUGGAGUAAUCACAGAAGACAGCAUUGGUUGCUCCAUUUUAUCUUUGAUUCACAUACAAAAUAAGAAAAAAUGACAGACUGCCCUAUACUGGUCUGUGUAUGAGUGGUGUGAUAGGAUGUGUUUCUCUUGAAAAUAAAAUCUGAGCUUUUCAUCUUUUUUAUAUAGAGAAAUAAAUCAAUUACACUGAUAGGCUUUGUACUGUGCUGUAAUUAACAAAUGACUUCGGACAGUUGUUUGCAAUAACUUUCUUUGUGCCUUCAGUGAUAGAGUUCCAUAUAUAAUUAAAGUGCUAAGAAUUGUGAUGUCUUUUAUCAUAUUGUCAAACAGUUGAUCUUUUUCAAAAACUGAUUGACUAUUGCUAUGUGUGAUAUAUUCUGUGAUGUAAGGCUGGUACCUCUCAGCUCUUGAUCUGUUAUUGGUUAUUCAUAGAUUCAGAUUAUCAUGGGGUUCACUGUUACUUGUUACAAGAAGUAUAUAAUAAUGUACACUAUAAGAGCAUGAAACAUUACAAUAAAAUGCAAUGUUAAACUUUUUUGUAACAGUUAUGGAAUAUGGUUUGAAAUAAUUGUGUAUAAUAUAUUAUUAAUAAAUCUCUUACUACAGUAUGAAAAGACAUAUUGACAUCACGCCUUUUUAUUUUAACGUUGUACCACAUAAUUUCUGCACUUUCUGUGAAGAUUAGUGUAAUGAGUUCUCAGCUGAAGGGUAAAUUCCACAUUAAGAUCAGAUAAACUGCUUUGUUUUUCUCACACAUUUGGAUCUGUCAGUGAUGGUAGGUUUAGAUUUUAGGGAAUUAUACAGAAUUUGUAGUGUAAUGUUAAAUACAUACAUUACAAUUUUCAGUUAUUGUACUUGUAUAAAUUUUUAGAAUAAUGCAUAGUUCUGAAAUAGUUUCUUCAAUAUUAAUAUGAAAUGCAUUACUCUUAAGUACUAGGUAUUAUGUGGUCCACUGCAGGAGCUCUGAACCAUUUCACUCACUGUUAAGUCUACAUAUAUAGCUCAGUAAUGUAGUUUUACAUUUACCGUAAUUUGAAAAUGUGGCCGUUUCAUUUCACCAUGUUCAUAAAAAUUAAUUCCUGUGAAAAAAAUACCAAUUCAUUUGUAAAAUACAGUACGUUUUGUGAAACCUUGA